AAAGUGACACGAGCAACAAAUCCACGCGCGACAAAUCCGCGGAACCCGAGCCGAACCCGAGCCCCCGAGCCGAACCGGAGCCGAGCCGAACCGGAGCCGAACCCGAGCCGAAAACAACACAAAAGUGCAAAACCAGAACCACAAAACCAAAACUACAAACGCACCGAGACACGCGCACGGACACGUCUGAGCCAAGAUGGAUCAACCCACGGAGCCGCGGACCCUCCCCGGGGAGCCUCGGGAGGACGGGGCCCCGGCGGUGAACGGCGCGGGGCCCGGGCUGAGGCGCUCGGAGGCCGGGUGUGUGAUGGAGAGCUGGCGGGAGGAGCGGACCCGGAGCCUGGAGGACAACGAGCGGAGCCUCCCGUCGCUCGCGGCCGCGUACAGCUCGAUCCUGCGCGGCCUGGGGGAGGACCCGCUCCGCCAGGGCCUCGUCAAGACCCCCUGGAGAGCCGCCACCGCCAUGCAGUUCUUCACCAAAGGAUACCAGGAGAAGAUCGUGGACGUCCUGAAUGACGCGAUCUUCGACGAGGAUCAUGAUGAGAUGGUGAUCGUCAAAGACAUCGACAUGUUCUCCAUGUGUGAGCACCACCUGGUGCCCAUCUUUGGACGGGUUCACAUUGGGUAUCUCCCCAACAAGAGGGUCCUGGGCCUCAGCAAACUCGCCAGAAUCGUUGAAAUCUACAGCCGAAGACUUCAAGUUCCGGAGCGCCUGACGAAGCAGAUCGCGGUGGCCAUCACGGAGGCGCUGCAGCCGUCGGGGGUCGGGGUCGUCGUCGAGGCAACACACAUGUGUAUGGUGAUGCGUGGGGUGCAGAAGAUGAAUUCCAAAACUGUCACCAGUACGAUGCUCGGAGUUUUCAGAGAAGAUCCAAAGACCAGAGACGAGUUCCUCACCCUCAUCCGGACCUGAACCGGACCUGGUGGGACCUGGUGGGACCUGGUGGGACCUGGUGGGACCUGGACGGACCUGGACGGACCUGGACUCUGUGAUGAGUCUCUGGAUUUUUAUAUGAAUCUCCAAGAGUCAAAUCCACCAAUGUUUUUCUCGGGUUUGUGUCUUCGGGGGAAGUUUGAUUCUGUGAUUUAUCGUGACAUUUCAUGGCACAAAUCUCCAACUGAUACAAACUGGAUCCAAAUCUAUUUUUAUUAGUUUUUAUUUUUCACUGAAAUGACUGAGUUACUUUCAGUGUUAUUUAUAUUUGUGUAUUUUACAGUUUUAUCUUCGUGUCGGAGCAGCUGAUCUUUUUAUUACAGCUGAUUGUAAUAAAAUAAAAUCAGCUGCUGUUUUUAUGAGUCGGGGGGGGGGG